GUCCGCUAUUGGGAAUGUCCCUUAUUUGGAGGGGGCAAAUACAUUAAGUCUUAUGGGACUCUGCUGGGGAAUUAAAAAUUGUCCCCUAUUGGGAGGAGUCCACUAAGGGAGAUUCUACUGUUCUAGGACAUGGCUGCUUCUUUUUCUCCUCCAUACAGAAUAGACAGAACUGACUUGGGACAUAAAAAGUGAGAUGUCUCCAGUGGCAGGCCCGUACAACCCGGCCUGUUAUGAUAUCGUUAACGUUUGCCGCCAUUUUCACUCCACACAGUCGCAAAAAAAAUAAUGCGUUUUGCAAAAUGGCGGCAACAGGCAGAACCACAUGUACACAGGGAAAAAGAAAAGGGCCGGACAGGAACCACGCGCUGUGACAGGUCAGGACGCUAGGGGCCGCCACCACUUCCUCCUUUCUUUUAUUCUCUUUCUUCGCAUCAAACACCGCACGACCAUAGAGCUGCGUCACAGGCGCGCGCGCCAAUCGCGACACCGCCCCCCGCUUUCCGGCGGCGCUGACGUCACGUCCUUUCUUCGGACUCUCCGCCGGCGACGUUUCUAGCCAAUCAGCGAACGCUCUUUACGGACCAAUGUACGACGAAGUGGGCGGAGCAACCGAGUUUAUAAAAGAUUUUUCCCGGAAGCGAAAGCGCAGUCGCUGGAACGAUGAAGCUCCAGACCAAAAGACCAUUAUCCCUGGGAUGCCGACAGUGAUACCUCCAGGACUCAGUCGUGAGCAGGAGAGGGCAUAUAUAGUUCAACUUCAAAUUGAGGAUCUGACUCGCAAGCUUCGCACGGGAGACCUGGGAAUACCCCCUAACCCAGAAGACAGAUCCCCAUCUCCUGAACCGAUCUAUAAUAGCGAGGGGAAACGGCUAAACACACGAGAGUUUAGGACUCGUAAGAAGCUAGAAGAGGAGCGACACAAUCUUAUCACAGAGAUGGUUGGGUUGAACCCAGACUUCAAACCUCCAGCGGAUUAUAAACCACCUGCUACUCGUGUGAGCGACAAGGUCAUGAUACCACAGGAUGAAUAUCCCGAGAUUAACUUUGUUGGAUUACUUAUCGGUCCCAGGGGUAAUACCCUUAAAAACAUUGAGAAGGAGUGUAACGCCAAAAUAAUGAUCCGUGGCAAAGGUUCAGUGAAGGAGGGGAAAGUGGGACGCAAAGACGGGCAGAUGCUUCCGGGAGAAGAUGAGCCACUCCAUGCCUUGGUAACCGCUAACACGAUGGAGAAUGUCAAGAAAGCUGUAGAUCAGAUUAGGAAUAUUCUCAAACAGGGAAUUGAAACGCCUGAAGAUCAGAAUGAUCUCCGCAAAAUGCAACUGCGAGAGCUUGCUCGACUCAAUGGAACUUUACGUGAAGAUGACAACAGGAUUCUGCGACCCUGGCAAAAUACAGAAACUAGAAGCAUCACCAAUAACACCCUGUGUACAAAAUGUGGAGGAGCUGGACAUAUUGCAUCUGACUGCAAAUUUACGAGUGUCCCAGUCCGGCCUGGCGAGCCCCAGUCAGCUCAAGAUAAAGCAAGAAUGGAUAAAGAAUACCUUUCUCUUAUGGCAGAACUUGGAGAAGCACCGGUACCUUCUUCUAUGGGAGCUCCAACUAUUCCAACACAUACGCCUAUUCAAGGAUCACCAAGACCAGCUGCCAUUACUUCAAGCCAGCCACCUGUGAACCGACCGCCUUGGAUGGCAACUGAUCGGCCUUAUCCAUCCAUGCAUGCUGCCCCUCAUUCCUUUCCUCACCCAAUGGGAGGUGCAGGAAAUGGUCCCCCUCUACAGCCCAGUCCUGCAGGACCACACCAUCACUGGAUGCAGCCUCAUCCAGGAGCGCACCCACCUGGUCCUCAUCCUAUGGGUCUCUUGCACACUCACCCUAUGGGUUUGAUGCCUCCACCACCACCACCUCCUCCUAGUGGUCCUGCACCGCCACCACCUCCACCAUCUGCACCCAGUUUGCCUCCUUGGCAGCAGCAGCAAAGUGCAGGUGCACCACCCCAACCCGGGGCUCCACUACCUUGGCAGCAAAGCCCUCAAACCACCAGCGCUGGUUCAGCCUCUCUUCCUCCAUGGCAGCAGCAACAAGGAGCUUCCCCUGCUUCAUCCAACAGUGCUCUCCAGUCCAGUGCCUCACUUGUUCCCCCUCCUCCUGGUGUUCAGCCGCCUCUGCCUCCAAGUGCUCCGCCGCCGCCUCCACCUCCUCCUCCCGGAACCUCUGGGCUUCUUUAUGCUCCACCACCACCUCCCCCUCCUCCCAUAGAUCCCUCAAAUUUUGUCACCAUGAUGGGGAUGGGUGUACCUGGAAUCCCCCCAUUUUCUAUGCCGCCUGCCCCACCACCACCUCCUCCUCAAAACUGAAUUUAUUCAUUAAGUGAUAAGUGACCAGGGCGCAUUGCCUUCAUAUCAGAACUCCAUACAGUGAACUAAUGCCUCCUCCCAAAAAAAAGGCAAAUGAGGAUUGGCAAACAGAUCUUAACUUCGUCUAAAGAUUUUGCUCCUAAAGUGAAGACUAACAAUUCAGCAGAGUUCAGUAACUUCAGUAUGUCCGUAAUACUUGUAGUAGACUCAAGGAAAGCUCUUAGGUUUUCUAUGUAUUUUUCAGCAUCUAUGAAUUUUGCGGUUAUAUUACGGCAGCUCUUUUUAACUCAUCAUUCAAAUCAAUGUUACAAACUGAAUUCAGCGGUAGUGACUAGGAUGUUUAAUGUGAAAGUCUUCAGAUUUAACAGCAAAAAUAUCAUUAGCUUACGUAGACUGCUGUAGGUGAUCCCACCCUGUGGAAACACAUUUCACUGAUGUUCUGUUAAUGUCCCCACUGCCCCAAAGUGCUUUUUUUUUUUUUUUUUUUUUUUUCUAUUACAUUGUCUCCAGACACAUUUGGUCCUUGACCACACUUAAUUCUCUAGCAACUACGUAACCUUUCUGAUAUUGUUUACUUUCGUACUUUGGUGGUCAGAAUACCUAUAGUAUGUAUGUUCUCCUCUCCCCAUACUGAUGUGAUUUACAAUUGGAUGCAGAGUUGUGUGUCACUGGAAGGCAGAUGUUGUAGCAUAUAGAUAAAGGGUCUGAGCUUUUUGCACCCUUUGCUUGCUUUUUUUUUUGUCUUUAUGAUUCUGUAUAAAGCUUAUCUUAUAUUAAAACCUUUUUAAUGAA